CUCUCUACCUUCAUCUUGGCACACCACAGUAUCCUUUCUUCCCACUCCACCGAGAAUAUUGCACAAUGAGACCCUUCUUUGUCUCCGUUGCCGCCCUGGCUCUCUGCGUUCUGGGCAAACCGCUGUCUGCCGAAGCGGAUCGAGGUCUUGGCUCUGUUGAGGGUAUUCCUGCCGCUCGUGGCCUUGAAAGCCCAGCCAACAACACCCACGAAACGGUGCUUGACAUCGUAACUUCAACCAUCGCUCUUGUCAACAAUGAACUCAAGUCAAUCAACAACACUCUCGCCGAGUUCAGGUCCGGCGGCGUUUCAAAGGAUGUGGCAAGGGGCCAGGCCUCUUCAUCCCUCCAGGCACUCGCAAAGACGUUCACCGGCGGUGUUGAGCGUCUCUCCGCUACCCCAUCUCCGGGCGUCAACCCAGAUGAUCUCAACGAACUCCUCAAGUCUCUCGACCAUAUCAUCAACGAAAUCAUCGUAACAGUCAUUGACAUAAUCAAGCUCCUGGGCAGUCCUGCACUUGCUUCCGUCCUCAAAUCGGUCUUGGAGAUGCUGUACGCUUUUUUGAGUACAAUUGUUCACCUGGUGGAUCUAGCCAUUCCGGCUGCGGUCAAACUUUUGGUUCCUCUGCUCAAGACGCUCCGCAACGCCAUGAUUAGCAUCAUAAUUGGACUCUUGCUCUAGGGCUUUUAGUGGUAGAAUACCUGAUCUCGGUUUUGUCAUUAAUCGCAUAUUAUUCGGGACGACAAGGUCUAAACUAGCAGGAUUUUUAAAGGAAAAGGGAAUAGUUAAAGAAAGAGUGC